AUGGUGGGUUGGGAUGAGUCUAGGUUUUUUCUGACUGUUGUGUGUGAUCUUAGACAGUUUAUUCAUUGUAUAGUGAAGGUGCUUGAUAGUGGGAAGACCUGUUGGAUUACCUUUGUUUAUGGGUUGAACAUCAUUCCUAACAGGUGGCCUUUAUGGCAGGAGUUAAUGCAGUUAGGGGGUAAUUUUAAGGGUCCUUGGCUUAUUAUGAAGGAUUUUAAUGCUGUGUAUGAUGCUUCUCAUUGGGGACAUGGUAGUUUUCAUGGAAUAACAAAGGUGUGGAUUCUGAUGGGAGAGCUUCUAGGAUUGAUCAUUGUUUCAUUAAUGAGGAUUGAAUUAAUCAGGAUUUCAAUGUCUGGUGCAGGUGGUAGGCCUUUUAGGUACUUCAAAUAUUUGUCUGAUCAUCCUCAUUUCUUAUCUUUGAUUCAGCAAGCUUGGAGUUCUAAAUGUGAAGGCUAUGGGCUUGAGGGGGUUUGGCAUAAACUGAAGGCUGUGAAGAGGAAUUUGAAGUCUCUUCAUCUGGUUCAUUUUCAGAAAGUUCAGAAGAAGAUCAAUUAUUGGAGGUUUGAGUUGGAUCAAGUUCAGUUUGCUCCUCAGCAUACUCCUUUCUCUAUGGCUCUUCAUAAUCAGGAGAUUCAUGCUAGUGAUAUGUUGAGGAAGUGGCUUCAUAUUGAGGAAGGUGGCUUGAGCCAGAAGGCUCAGAUUGCAUGGCUUCAUGAGGGGGACUCCAACACUCACUUCUUUUAUAGUUUUUUUAAAGAAAGAUGCAAGAAAAAUAGAAUUGAUGCGUUACUUGAUGAUUUUGGGGAUUUAGCUAUGCGUACAGGCCCUCGGCUUACUAUGUCUCAAGCCCAAGCUCUUAUUAAAUCCAUUAGCAAGGCUGAUAUUGAUGAUGCUCCAGGGAUAUUGAUGAGUCCAAGAGUCCUGGAUGGUGCCAUGUAUUCUCCUAUAAACAUUACUUCUAUCACUCUUGUUCCGAAGAUUUCUAAUGCCUCAAAGCCAAAGGACUUUCGGCCAAACUCUUGUUGCUUUGUGCUUUACAAAAUUAUUUCUAAGAUUCUUACGGCUAAACUCCAGAAAGUUGUUGCUCAUCUUGUUGAUCCUGCUCAGUUAGGCUUUAUUCCCAGUAGGCAAAUAUGUGACAACAUUUUUCUUGCUACUGAUCUUAUUCGAGGUUAUAAUUGGGCUAAUGCUAGUCCUCGUUUUAUGCUUAAAGUAGAUAUGGGGAAGGCGUAUGAUUCUGUUGAGUGGUCAUUUCUUAAGUGUGUUAUGCAGGAGAUGAGUUUUCCUUCUUAG